AUGGCGGACGGUAACACGAGUUUGAAACGAAAGCAUUCUAAAGCAUUUUAUGUCGGAAAUAAGAAGAAGAAAAGAGGACAAGAGCUGCUUGCUCCAGGAAUGAAGGGUGUUCUUGUCACGUGUAACGAAAGGGAGAAUUUGUGUGUACGAGAAGCUUACAACGUCCUUAAUGAAUAUGCAGACAAGCUCUAUGGUCCUGAACGCAGCUUGCAAGACAAUGACUCUGUUAAUGAGAGUGAUUCUGAAGACAUUGAGGAUGCUCUGGCCAAAGAAGUCAAGCAACUUCAAGAAACUAAAACAGAAAAAAGGUUCCAGGCUGUCUUGACUGGAGCUGUAAACGUUAUCUUCAUCAAAACAAACCUUCCUGAUUCUAAAGAUCCCACAGAUUUAGUCCAUACAGUUUUAAAUGACAUGCUAGAAAAGGGAUGCAAGAAAACCAGGUAUUGUCAAAGGUUUCUGCCAAUUUCUGGCUCCUGUCAUGCUAAUAAGGAAGAAAUGAAGAAACUUGCUGAGCAAUUGUUCCAAUCAUCAUUCUUUGCUGAAGACGUGAAGCCAUCAACGUUCAGUGUGAUGUACAAAUCCAGAAACAACAGUAGCAUUCACCGAGAUGACACAAUCUCUGCGUUAGCAAGUAUAGUAAUGAAUGCCGGGAAGGGACACACUGUGAACCUGAACAACCCAGACUUAGCAAUCUGUGUGGAGAUCAUGAAGAAUGUCUGCUGCAUGAGUGUGGUUAAAGAUUUUAUGAAAUUGAGAAAAUACAACAUUCAUGAGGUGAAUGAGAAAAUUUUCCAAUCUCAAAGGACAGAUAAUGAGGACAGUGAAAAGGUGAAAAGCAAAAACCAAACCAUUAUGAAAAGUGGUGACAAUGAUGCUGAUAGUGGUGUGCAAAGAGACGGCAAUAAUGCUGAUAGUGAUAUGAAUAGAGAUGGAAAUAAUGCUGAUAGCACUACUGUUGAUGAUGCAACCUCUGAAAAUCCAGAUACCUGAAAUGAUGUCAGUGUUACAGUGUUGACUGUAGGUAAUGAUGGUAAGAUUGGAGAAGGUCUGCAAAAGGUUAUGAAUUCUGCCCACAGAAUUUAGAGCAUAAUUUAAUACCCUUUGCAGAAGGAUUCUCAAUAUCACUAUGGGAUCAUCUAAAUUGGGCUGAUAUUCAAAACCAAUCAAAGAUACAUUGCGAUGACAAUGUGAUUUUCAUUUUUCAUCGCAAGGUAAAAGUUGAAUUUACUUUUAAGUGGUUGGCAAAAGGUUUAUAGGUGACCCAUGCCCAAAAUUUAUUUGUAACACGUGAAUUUUACAGAAAGGGGAGAGUAAUUUAUGAAGCAGUGUAAGCAUGAUUUCUUUCAUUUUGUGAAAACCUCACAUGUAAGAAGGGAGAUUUAAACUUUUCCCCUUUAUAUACAUGACACAUGAAUUUCUCUAAAAUUUUGCGCAUGAACAGGAUUAGGAAUCCCUCUUUUUUACCCUCUUUGAAGCAUUCUCAGGCUUCUACUCACUGCCACAGACACACACACACAAUACAGUUCUACCUUAAACAUGGUUGAAUCUCCGAACUCCACUUUACACAUCAGAGAGUGAGUCACAAUGAGCUGCUCAAGGCACAAAGGAAGUAAUGCAAUUUGAACUAUGAGGAAACUGAUACUAGUGAAGUCACAUGACAAGGGUCAAAUAACUUAUGUUAUGCAGCCUAAUUUUGGGCAUAAUGCCUAGUCAGAGUAUCGAACAUGAUACCGGCAUAAUGACUAAUUAAAACUUCUUAAAAAUUCCCUUGAUGUCUCAGUUCGGCAAGCAAUUUUUUUUUAGCAUAAUGUAUCUGACCUUACACAACACAGUCUGAAUUCUCAGUACAUGCAUACAGUUAUCUACAGAGUCAAUGAACUGUCAUUGUCAUUUUUUUGUUUAUUUAUUAUCAUUUCUCUUCAGAACACAACACUCCUGUAGUGAGAUUUUAUGGAAAAUUUACUACCUGACAUAAAUGUCCUUUGAUAACAAUUUUAAUGGUCACCAGACACAUACACUCCACAUGCAUCUGAGAUUUCUUAACACAGUAAUAAAGCACUACCAAGUGGAACUUUC